UGCUGCUGCCCUUCAUAAUGAAACACAAUCCCGUCGGGGAGGAAGAAACUCUGCGCAGCGAUCAAGCAGCAGGGAAACGCAAACAUAGACUUACUUCAUCAGCGCCGAUUGUUGGAAGACAGCGAGGAGAAAGGAGAGGGAUUUAUUUUGUUGCGUAUCUGAAGAGGGAAAACAAACACGCACGGAGGAAAAACUUCCUGAAAUGACAGGGGUUCUGUGAGAGAGAGAGCUUGACAACCCAGUGAAUCUAGUUUACGAAGAAGUGCUCCCAUAUUUCAGUUGUCUGUCAGCAGCAAGAGGACUUGUUCGACUCUUUGGACCGCUUAUCAUCUGCGGACUUUGACUGCGCUUUAAAACAUAAAUUUCCCCUCAACCCUCAGCCAAUAAAGCCUAUACAUAUAAAAAGGAGUUUUUCCUCAAAUCCGCGGCAAUGGGGGAGCAGCCGAUCUACACCACCAGGGCCCAUGUCUUCCAAAUCGACCCAACCACCAAGAAGAACUGGGUCCCUGCCAGCAAGCAGGCCGUCACCGUCUCUUACUUUUACGACAGCACACGCAACAGCUACCGCAUCAUCAGCGUGGAUGGAUCCAAGGUGAUCAUCAACAGUACCAUCACACCCAACAUGACCUUCACCAAGACAUCGCAGAAGUUUGGCCAGUGGGCGGACAGCAGGGCCAACACUGUGUUUGGACUGGGCUUCGCUUCGGAGCAGCAACUGGCCAAGUUUUCUGAGAAGUUCCAGGAGGUAAAAGAAGCAGCCAAGCUAGCAAGGGACAAGUCUCAAGACCAGGGGGAGACAUUGAGUAAUCACUCCCAGGAGUCUGGACGUGAGACACCCUCAAGCAACCAGGCGUCCAGCAUAAAUGGGACAGAUGACGAGAAAAUCUUUCAUGUCGGUCCAGAGACCGCUGUGCUGAAGACCGAGAACGAACAUCUCAAGAGUACCAUAGAACAGAGCACCACCAACGCCAAGAAGUGGGAAACAGAGCUGCAGACUUUAAGAGAAAAUAAUGCCAGGCUGGUGGAUGCACUGCAGGAGUCUUCUGCUAAUGUAGAGAGCUGGAAGAAACAACUCGGUGCCUGCAAGGAAGAGAGUGACACGCUCAGGGAAAAGAUCACGGAACUAGAAGCUCAGUGUAACGAAGCCAAUGAGGAGAAGCAGAGAAACGCCCAACUGUCUGUACGAGUGCAGGAGCUGGAGACCGAGCUGCACGAGAAAGAGCAGGAGCUGGAGAACCUGAGGAAGCAGGCGGAGAUAAUCCCUCAGCUCAUGGCGGAGUGCGAGAGCAUCACCGCAAAACUGCAGACUGCUGAGACGAAGAGCAAGGAACUGGAGGGGAGGACAGAGGGUCUUCAGCUGGACAUAGACGACAGUCAACAGAAGCAGGCCAACAUGAAGGGCGAGCUGAAGAAGUUCAUGGAUAUGCUGGAUGGAAAAAUAGACGAGCUGCAUGAGUUCAGACAGGGGCUCUCCAAGCUAAGUGUUGAUAACUGAGUUAAGUGGCACUGAGCUGAAAGGGUCAGAGGUCAGGUACGGAGGAUUCACUACAGUUUGUCUUCAGGGCAGAAACUAUGUGGCACCUUCUCCCCCAAGGUGACGUCCACUCAGACACUAUCAGCUUUGGCUUCUAAUAAACACUACCAUGUGAGAAAGAGAUGUUUUUGAAGAGGGAGAGGGAGACUGGCAGGAGGAAGGCCAGCGUGCUUCACCAAAUGGCUCCAUUUUGUGCGCUGGCAUUCUGAAACUAAAUCAAGAGUCACACUUUGAGCUUACUCAUCCGUUUCUGUGGGGGGGAAACGGCUUUAUAAAGGUGGUGGUGGGUUCUUAGAUUCUGUCCAUAUGUCUUUUUUUCUGAAGGCUGCAGCACUUCUUCACAGGCAGUCUUUGCUUCAGAAUAGAAGAGGGGUCUUAAAGGGCUAACAUGAAUAACACACAAUGACAAUGCUGUUCAGCAUCACUCAAGUAAUAAUUGGUGUGAAUCCUUGUGGCCCCCUCAGAGAAUUAGAGAUGAAAUCUUUCUACAGACUGUCCUUGCUUUUGCCUCUCGUCUAUCUCAGGUGUGUAAGAAGACAGUUUGCACUUAUUAAAUUAUAUGCACAUACAUGACAAACGGCCGUGACACAAAGUGCCUCCAGGUGAGUCUCAAUCUACCUGGCAAGGAGAACUGGCCAAGUGAUGACCAUCACCAUAAUAAUAACUUUUUGUAAGAAAAACUAAUAAAGUGAAAAGAAAAAAUGCAGGCAGACGAGCCAAUAAGGAUGUUAAUGGAUGUUAAUGUGGUGAUAAACUCAAAGGAUGAAACGGAUGUUUGCACAAACACUAGUCUGAGGAGGGACCGCAGCAGGAAGUCAUCAACUCUCUCGUGAGUGUUUUUAGUAAACACUCCUUUUGAUUAUAUUUGCAUAUAAGAAGCGCUCCUGUCUCAGGAGCUUUCCUUCUGAAACAUCCAAAAAUAAUAAUCGGUACCCAAUUUUUCCAGGAGUGUAGUGUUCGGAGGACUUUGUGUGUGCGAUUGUAUUGGUCUCCAAGGCUGUUGAUGUGCUUCCUACACACAUUAGUUUUUGUUAUGGUGGUGGUUAUUUUUGGGUGAGGGGACUUGGUGCUGCUCGAUGGGUGAAUAAUGUGAAAGAGUACUUCACUGAAAACAUUUAGAUGGCAUGGGCCUUUCACUAAAACCCUGUCAGAUUCUUGGUUUUUGUUUUACAUAUUUAUUUUAUUUUGGUGCCUCUCUGUAACUAGUGUUUCUAGAACAUACCAAGUAAAUCAACCUUAACCUAAUGUCUCUAUAGAUGUACGAUAAUAUAUAAAAUAUACCAAACUGUCAGGGUUCAGAGGUUUUAUAAUUGAGUUUUGUUUGCAGGAUGGUGUCGCAGCUGCUUUUUGGGAAGUCCAUUUGUAACAUUUGAAAUCAAAGGCAUAUGUUGUAGUGGCAUAAUUACUGGGUAGUACUAUGAUGUUAUAAGUAUAUUUUUUCAUCACUGUUUUGAUCUAUGAAGGGACAUUUUGCUUCUCUCUUUGUUUAACUCUACUGUUCAUAAGUCACCUGAACCUGGAACACAGGAUCCUUCCCUUUGAACCAAUGCCUCUUGUGCACUUUUGUGACUCCUGUUCAAUAUUGUACAAUAGAACUGACAAUUGUUAAAAUUUAGUUUAAAUACAA